AUGUGGUUUCCAUCGUUUCUGUCGCUUCCCAUUAGCUUCCCCAGCUUCCCGUCGAUAUCGCUACCUGCGAACAUCCAGCGACGAUUCCUCAGCUAUGUCUUGAAGCGCGCCUUCGGCCGGUUCAUCGUAGCCUCUGGACUCGACGUCGAUCGAAUUCAGGCCCAGAUCAGCCAAGGGCUCGUCGAGCUCGAAAGGCUCGAGGAGGUGAACACACUCAUUCCGGACACGCUUCCUUUCGUUGUCAGUGCCGGAGAGGUGGCGAGGGUGACCGCUCGUGUGCCCUUCCCCAAUCUGUGGUCUGAUCCGCUUUCCCUCACGGUGGACUCGCUCACCCUCGAUGUUUCAAUCAUCCCGCAAGACAAAGCGAAGCAGUUUCACCGGUCAGAGUCUCAGCAUCGCGACCUCGCCAGCUCUGUGACCUCUGCCGCCGAUGACUUUGUGCACAGCGAGCUCGACGCAUUCGAGGGUGCCGAGCUCGACCGGUCUAUCCGCGAGUCAUUGGUGCUGAAUCAGACAGACCCAUUCGCAGAUGAUGUUCCCGGAGGCUUCCCGAGCCCGACGAACACCAUGCCCGGUGGCGGGGCGCCUAUCGAUUCGCCCUUAACCCCGGGCGUGGAGAGCACGACUGUGCUCGCAACGCUGGUGGAGAGGAUUCUGGCUCGGCUGCAGUGUAAGGUGAAGAAUAUUCGGGUCCGUGUUCACUUCCCCGAUCAGAAGUACGGCGGAAUACUCGAGCUUCGCGUCGGUGAGGUGCGAUACUGUGAUGAGACACCAGAGGACCCUGCGGCGCCACGGCAGACGAUGCGGGUUGUCACGGUUUCUGGCGUCGACGUUCACGCGCUGCCGUUGUCCUCUGCGGAAGCACGAGUUUCACCACCGCAUGCUGUCCCGCCAAAGCCGUCGGUUUACCGCACCAUGUCAACGUCCUCGGAGGCGACAUCAGCCACGACGUCCUCGUAUGAGUCGGAAGACUCGAGCAACGACGAGUUCCACGAUAUGGUCAUGUCCCAGGCUGUGGCGGAUCUGCGCCAGAGUGUGGUGAUUCAAGAUCCACCAGAAGCGGGAGGUGGAAAGACGGCGGGAGGCUCUUACCUGAGCGCGAGCACGAUGUCGAGUGCUACGGGCCGGAGCACCUACCACAGCAUGGUCGAGGACCCCGAGAACGACCCCUUUGCUUCCGAGCCUACGGAGAAGGAGUCAAGCAUCCCUUCCAUCCCCUCGUCUCCACGCAAGUCGCCCUCGCCGAGGAAGGCUACGCCGCCGCCUCGACCGCCGACACCACCACGAAGGAUGCCGACACCACCACCUCGUCGUGCGCCCUCCCUCUCUUCCUCCGUGCACUCGGAGGCCACGAGUAGGACAGAAGCGACCAGCCGGACGGCGACUCCGACACCUGGACCUGAGUUCCCGGAGAUCAAGAUCCUGAGUUUUGGUUCGGAAGACAUUGUCGUUCGUAUGACAACAACCUACCCUGCAGUCACCGUACCUCCUGGCACUGCCCCGGAAGGAAUGGAGCCAUCGCUACCCGCUCCUCAAUCUGCCGCCGAGCCAGCCCCAUCACUGCCCGCCUUCGAACUUGACGUGUCAAUGGGCACACUAACAGCUGUGCUGUUGCCCAGGCAGAUGUCGUUCCUCCUGGCGCUCACUCAGGCGGUCAUUCCUUCGCAGCAGUCGUCGGCGCAACCGGAGGCUUCUGCAGAGGGCCCAAUGGCUCAGCCGCGGUCUGACAUCCAGGUGCAUCUGAAGGCUCUGUACGCGGCAUUAGUGUACGAUGUUAGCCCCUUGACGGCGGAAGCGGAAGCCUCCAUCGCCCAAUUUUACCAGCGACCAGCAGCGAACUUUGUCCAGCUCGGACAUCUCCGACUACGAUUCGAAGACGUCGCAGCGCUGUACGCAGUCGCCGAGCAGAAACCGGCCCCACCACGGAAACGCAACGAGCCUCGACGCAAGUCGCCUUCACCGCAACCGCCGCAAUUCACCUUGACCGUGGCCGAUGCCUCGUUGUUCGAGUUCCUCUCGUCGGCUGAGUCUGGAGAAGAUGAGCCGCCAGGAGGCAUCUUCCCCGUCUUGAUCUUCGAUGCCAACCUACCGAAGCAAUACGAGGUUCCGCCAGGCGCUCCGUCCAGUCUGCUAUCGACGCACUCCCGAUCACCUGCCAACCAGAACGCAUUCCCCGAGUUCGACUCUGUCGACUGGCGCAACGCCGGUGUGCAAAAGAAGAGCGGAGAGAAGGCGUGGCGUGUCCGGCCGCGAGGGAAGGGUAUUCUAAGAGGAGCGCCGACCACCCCAGAGCCCGCCGGUGCGCAGGCAAUUGUCAUCAAGAAGGAGCUCAGGCCGGGCGCUCCAGCGCAUGUUGAGCUCCUCCCCGUUCACUGCUUCCUCGACCUCUCUCUCGUGGAGCGUCUCCUCCCUGUACUUCGAUCCUUAGCGCCGUGCAUCCGAUCCAGCGGCGACUCCGAUAGAGCAUCGUCCCCAAACACGACUCACCGGCCCGAACUGCCGCAGUUCAAGCACUAUCACCAGCCCAUGCUUCCAGGGAUUGGACGUCCUAGCUCUCGACCAGUACAGCGGCCGAACUCGCUCAUGAAGUUGACUUGCCCCAUGAUCCGUCUCGACAUCCGAUGUCCUGCGCCCGUCAAUCGUCGAGGUUCAUGGGGAGACGGUGCUCAUCUCCGUUCAGGUAUCGUCACACUGGACAUUCAUGGGCUAUCCGUGAACAUUGCCGAGGACCCACCCGCAACGAUGCCUCAGGCCCGCCGUCCCAGCCAAGGCUCGUUCGAACCUGACCCUCUCGGUGGCACGCAGGUCGAGUGGCAGACCAUGUUGUUCCUGUUCAGCAGGGCGCCGGAGAAGCGCACUUCGGCGUUCCUCGUCAUUGGGCCACUGGCGCCGGAACCGGGAGAAGAUGACGGCCUGCUUCUCCCGAAGGUGCACAUUCACUCCGAGCUGUCGCCGGUGACGGGCCUCAGGACAAAGAGUGUCACCUGCAAGACCCCCUCCGUGCAGGCUAAGAUUCGUCAGCCUACAGUCGAAGGCUUGCAGUUCUUCGCUGAUGACAUGACCCACUGGCUCGAUGGAGCUUUCGGCGAUGGCUCGGCGCCGAAACCUCGUGACGAUCUCAAGAUGAUCGGGAGUCGCUUCUUCGGCUCUAAGGCGUCCAGCUCGACGAGCAGCUCCAUAGCUGACGAGGAAGAGGAUGAUCCCGCGGCAACCCUACUCCGCGUGCUCAUCAGCGAGGCUGAGGUCACACUCGUUGUCCCCAGGUCACUAGCUCCGCCGCCGUCGACGCCUCCGUCUGCCUCGGAGGACUCGAACCGCAUUCUUUCCCUGAGAGCUUCGGAUCUCGAUGUCAAGCUCGAGUCAAACCUGACUCAUAAGCAGGAGACGGCGAUCACAGUCACCACUAUGGACGCAGACUUGUUCCACCAUGCUUCGCCGGAGGCCGAAGCGGCCCGCAUCUUCGGCCGCACGACACCGCUCACGCUCACAACCCACACUCAGCCAAUCAUCACGCUGCGGUUCUCGACUCUCACGCAUCAAGACCGCACGAAGGAGACGGGAAUUCGUCUUAUCACUUCGGCCUGCACCGUAUUUGUGACUAAGGAUCUCGAAUGGGUGCAGGAUUUAGCGAGAUAUGCCAAGACACCAGAAGGCGUUUUCGAGGACGUUGUGCCGAGUGAGGUGACCAAGAUCCAGCUGGCUAUCAAUGACUGCUCGAUCCACAUCGCGACGCCUACUCUUCCCGGAGCGGUCCUCCUGAUCGCCAACGUCCUCGAUGUGAGAACUGUGUUGGAGAGCGAGGGCAUGGAAACGAACGUGGACGUCGGCUUGUCUGGCGGGCAUCUGCUGGCGAUUGACGAUCUCGAGGCUGCAACGCCACUGCAGAUGGGCCACCAGCUGUCACUCGAAGCCUGGAAGCGGGCCGGCUAUGCGCAGCUAGUCGAGCUCGUCACGUUUGAUACCAAGAUCACCCGCUCUCUGGUCCCUAAUGAGACAGUUCUCAUCGACAUCCUCCAGUCCAUGGUGCGAGUCACUGCCUGUGCGGACUCGCUGGCCACGAUCGGUGCUCUGGCUGGCGACCUGUCCAAGCUGGGUCCGAAGAAGGCUGAGCUGGAAGAGUCUUCUCCGAAACAUCACCCAGUCGCCCUGGAUCAGACAAUUGAUGUCUUUGGCUCUGUUGACAUGCAGGCCUUCACUAAGGCACCAGAUAUCAUCUCCGGCGCCGACAUGAUUGAGGACGAUCUGCCUACGGACCUCGACUACCUCGACCAUGCGGCACGGCAGUCGAAGAAGUCGCCGCACGUUGACCACCAUACGGGCGAGUCGCUGAGGUCAUGGGAGUCAACCGAUGAGGACCACCAUAUCGCAGAACACAAUGGCGGAACUAUUAAGAUCUUGAUGAAGGAGCCGUUCAAGGAGGAUCCCAACUAUUGGAACAACCUCCCCGUGGUGCUCAACAGCGAGGAGACUCGGCUCGGCAAGACUCGCAUUCGUAUGCAGAACACGUCCGUCACGGUCUAUUUGCAUGACGGCUAUGACUGGGUCAAGACGCGCAAGGCGAUCGAGGACGAGAUGAAGGCGGUUCGCAAGAAGCUGGAGAAGAUCAAGCAGCUCCUUGCGUCCGGCCAGAAGCCUGACGCCUCGAUCGACCAAGCGAGCUCUGUGCUCUUCAAUUCGGUCUACAUCGGUCUUGACCAGAACCGCGAUGACUUGGACUCAACGCAGCUGCUUGCUGCAAUCGACGAGGAGCUCGAAGAUCUUGGCGGAGAGAACUGGAGCGAAAGCUCGUGGCAGACGUUCCCAGAGGCUGCGGGGUUGCCAUCCCCUCAGUCUCCACAGACAGCCAAGCGCCGUGUAAGGCUGCACGGCAAGCGUCUUACGCGCUCGAAGCGCCCGCAGAUAGAGUUCUCACUGCGCGGCCUCCGUGCUGAUGUCGACAUGUAUGGCAAGGACGACGCGACGUCGUCCCGGCUCCACCUGACAGCCCAGUCCUUCGACAUACUCGAUCACAUCAAGACAUCAACCUGGAAGAAGUUCCUGACGGAGAUGAAGUCUGACUCGCGAGGUAAUGUGCGCGAGACGGAUGCGGACAUGGUCCGGGUCGAAGUCAUCACCGUCCGGCCACACUUGCCGUCCCCCGAUGAGGAGAUCAGGGUUAGGGUUCUCCCUCUGCGGCUGCACGUUGACCAGGACGCGCUUGACUUCCUGAAGCACUUCUUCAGCUUCACUGUGCCUGGCGCCGAGGCGGCGGUGGAGACGGCGCCGAAGACUGAGCCUUACUUCCAACGCGUCGAGAUCUUCCCUGUCGAGCUCAAGCUCGACUACAAGCCUAAGCGUGUCGACUACGGCGCUCUGAGGCAGGGCCGCACUAUCGAGCUCAUGAACUUCUUCCACUUCGAGGGCGCCGAGAUGACGCUGCGGCACGUGACGCUGUCAGGAAUCACUGGCUCGUCCAAGCUCUCGACGAUGCUGCAGGACAUCUGGACGCCGGACGUGAAGGCGAACCAGCUCGCGGAUGUCAUCAGCGGUGUGUCGCCCAUCCGCUCUAUGGUGAACGUCGGCAGCGGCGUUGCGGACCUGAUCCUCCUCCCGAUCGAGCAGUACAGGAAGGACGGCCGCGUCGCGCGCGGACUGCAACAGGGCGGCAAGUCCUUCGUGCGCUCGACGGGACUGGAGAUGAUGAAGCUGGGCGCGCGCCUUGCAACCGGAACCCAAGUCGUGCUCGAGCGCGCCGAGGGAGCGCUAGGAAACAAGGUAGCGGACAGUGUCGUCGUGAUCGACGAGCAGGACUCGGACGAGGAGCACUUGCAGUCACGGUACCGCGCCCAGCCCUCCGAUGUGCGCGAGGGCGUCAAGGCGGCGUAUCGCUCCCUCGCGAACAACAUGAACAGCGCGGCGCAGACCAUCCUCGCGGUCCCGAUGGAGGUGUACGAACGCAGUAGCGGGGAGGACCAGGAGGGCGGCGCACUCAAGGCCGUCGUGAGGGCGGUGCCUGUGGCCGUGAUCAAGCCCAUGAUCGGUGCCAGCGAGGCGGUCAGCAAGACGCUGAUGGGCAUGCGCAACACGCUGGAUCCGGAAGGAAGGGCGGAGCAGGAGGACAAGUACAAGUAG